UGUCACAUAAAUUUAUUGGAUUGGAAGAAUGACCACGGUGAAAAAUUGACACCCACCUUAAAAUUUGUAAUUUUUAAGGCCACUUUCAGCCACGAAACUUGAACAGUUUCUAUGUUUUUUUUUACAAUUUCCCUCCUCCUUUAAUUUUGUUUAAAAAACAGAGUGCAUGUAGGAGAAUAUUUUAUUAAAACAAAGGAAUGAGUAAAACGGAAUCUAGUGAAUCACCACCACCACCACCAAAAGCCGACCACCACGAUGCCGGAGAAAAAGCACCAGCACCUCCACCCAAAGUCGACCGCCAGGAAAAAGCACCACCACCUCCCGACGACCUAAGCUCGUCCUCCUCCACCUCCGACGAUGAGUGCUCCUCCGUCUCCUCUUCUCCUUCCUACAAAUCCUCUAAAAAACCCCCCAAGCCGGAGCCCACGCAGCCUCCCCCGAAUCAGGAGAUGGAGCGAAGCCCCUCCGCGUACCGGAUCCCGCCCUCUGUCUUCGAGCGCAACAAGUCGUCCGCCGCUGGGGACUGGAGCGCCGCCUCCAACGACUCCCUCUUCAGCAUCCACGUCGGAAACAUGAGCUUCACCAACGAUCAGUACAUGUAUCGCUCCGAGGAGCUCACUCCGCCGCCUCCCGGAGGCGACCACAUGUUUUCCUACCCCGCGCAUUCCUCGAAUGGAGGGGUGGCUGAUAUGCGGAGCUGCGAGCUUGGCCUCGCGGAGGCUACCAUGCUCGAGGUGAUCAAGGAGAAUGAGGGCCGCAGUCCGCCCGUGCCCGUGCCCGCGGAAGUGCGAAAAGCGCGCCGUUCCGCGGGGAGCAACCAGAGCAACAUGUCGUUCGCCUUUUCCACAGCGGGAGGAGACACAGAGAGGAUACCAAGCUCAAUAAAGUCGCCGGAGAAUACCCCAGUAGAGCCGCAGCAGCACGAUGAACCAAUAGAAAAAGGGGCUCAACCAGCUCGAUCGAAAUGGCUAAGUUGUUGCUCGUGUUGGCCAUUUCGGUCGUGAGGAGAAAUCGACACACAACAUUUAUGUAUAAACAUAUUUUCAAGAACUAAGAUGAACCUUUGCAUCUUGAUCAUCUGCUGUAAUGCAUUUUCUCUAUAUACAUAAUCUAGACCUACUGUAAUCUCAUCGGAUAUUCUUGUGAUUAUUUAGGCCUAUGUUUCACUUUAUAAAUGCAUA